AUGGCGGAAAUGAGCUAUCCACAGGGCAUUCAUGUGCCGUGUCUGACAUGGUUUCGAGACAAUGUCGACCAAGAGAUAGAUUGGAACCUCCAGAAGCUGCAUAUCGAAUUUUUGAUCAAAUCUGUUGUUAUUGCUGGAACGAAUGGCGAGGCGGUGUCUCUGACUAGAGAUGAGAAGUGUCAGCUGGUCAAGAUAACACGCGAAAUAGCAAAGGAUGUCGAAAAGGCUGGUGCCGACUAUGUCCUUGUCCUAACUCCAAGUUAUUUUCACUUCGCCAUGGACACCAAGGCGAUCAUUGACUUUUUCGAGGAAUUGGCAAGGUCCAGUCCACUGCCUAUACUGAUUUACAACUUUCCCGGCGUAUCAGCAGGGCUGGACCUUGGCUCAGACGUGCUGGAUCACCUGGGCCAGAAUCCAAAUAUAGUUGGCGUCAAAUUAACCUGCGGCGGAAUCGCAAAAGUUGCUCGAAUAUCUGCCAGUUACCCUCCAGAGCAGUUUGCAGCUCUCGCCGGACAGAGUGACUGGCUUAUUCCUGCACUUUCGGUAGGUGGAACUGGAGCCAUCACAGGAGUCGCCAAUGUGUAUCCUAAGGUAUGUAUACAAAUUUACAACUUGUACACUAGUGGCCAACUCAAAGAGGCCGAAGCGCUUCAGCGAAGACUGGCUCGCAUGGAAUGGGGCUUUGCGAAAGGAGGCAUAAAUGGGACAAAAUGGGUUGUAGCCCAGCUAAAAGGAUAUCCUUCUGGAAGUUGGCACUGCAGAAGGCCGUAUCCUAAGUUUCACGACGAGCAGCAACAAUCGUGGAUUCUUAAGGUUGUAGAGCCGCUGAAAGAACUCGAGGACAGCCUCAGUGGCAGCGUGAAUCAGGAAUAA